CCACGAGGACCUGGCGAGAUGACGGGGACGCGAGGCGGCGGCGGGGCGGUCGGAGACCCCUCGGCCCGAGUCGCCCGCGGAGCCGCUGGCCAGGAGGACGCCCUCCGCGGGCAGCCGGGGCAGAGUGCAGGGGCCGGUGGCUCCAAACAGGACAUUCGUGAACGAAUUUGGGACUACAUGGAGUCAGAAAAUGUAGCUGACUUUCCCCGGCCUGUUCAUCACAGGAUCCCCAACUUUAAGGGCGCCUCUCGUGCCGCGGAGCACUUCCCGCGUUUGCAGGUGUUCAGAACAGCCAGGACCAUCAAAGUGAAUCCCGACGCUCCCCAGAAGAAUGCGCGCUUCCUGGUCCUGGAUAGCAAAAAAACCUUGCUGGUUCCAACGCCCCGGCUGAGAACAGGAUUGUUUAAUAGGAUCACACCUCCUCCUGGAGCCAACAAAGAGAUGUUGAGAAAAUGUGCCACCUCCCAGGGGGUGAGGGACUUCAGUGUGCCCGUCGGCUUGGAUUCCAGAGUCCUUGUGGAUCUAGUUGUCGUGGGAUCUGUUGCUGUGUCUGAAAAAGGCUGGAGGAUUGGGAAGGGAGAAGGUUACGCUGACCUUGAAUACGCCAUGAUGGUGUCGAUGGGAGCCGUCCACGAGGGGACGCCAGUGGUCACCAUCGUCCAUGACUGCCAGGUGGUGGACAUCCCUGAGGCGCUCCUCGAGGACCAUGACCUCACUGUGGACUACAUCCUCACUCCAACCAGGGUCAUCUCCACGGGCUGCAAGCGCCCAAAGCCGGCAGGAAUCACGUGGUCCAAGAUCAGCCCUGAGAUGCUUGGGAAAAUCCCGGUACUCAGAAGCCUCCGCGACCGAGAGAAGCGGGCGGGGAAGGACGUCGCUCUUCAGGCUGAGCACCAGCCCUUCCUGGGAUCCGCCAGCCAGCACCCAGCACUGCCAGGCACGGUCAGGAGGCCCCACGAUGCACCCCGGCCAGGGGCAGAUUCCCUGGAAGCAGCCUGUGGCCCCCGUGAGGGGGAGGACGCGCCGACUGCCACCGUGUGUGUGGGGAACCUCCCCCACGAUGCCCGCGUGAGGGACCUGAAGAGAGCCCUCCGUGAGCUCCGGGUGGCGCCCCUGCAACUCUCCUGGCGGGGGCCACAGCACAGGGCGCUCCUCCACUACCGAGACCUGGCUGCAGCCCAGCAGGCCGUCUCCUGCUUGCAGGGCCUGCACCUGGGUGACAGUGCCCUGACUGUGGCCCUGGCCAGACCGCACAACAAGUCACCUGGGGGCUGCCCAGGCAGCUAGAGCCACCCUGGGGAGGAGUGUGACGUCCUGCCGUGCUGCUGCUGCGGCACUUGAGUCUGUAGCCCAGGGGAUGUGGGGGCGCCUCUGAGGCUCCUGUGCUGCCCCAGUGUCCCCGAGAGGGUGUGUGCAUGUCCUUAGGCCCCCAGAGGGGGACCUUGCUCACACCUUGAAACAAGAAGCUCUGGGACCUGGGUCCCGGUUUUCCUGCUGCGGUGCCCGUUAAGAUGGCAGCUCCCUGUCUUGCCUGCUCCCUGCCUGCACCAGAGCUGAGGCCGCCCCUGGGAUGGGAGACGUGGCUGCACAGGUGGCCAUCAGAGCUGACGGGCCCAGCCCUGACGCCACCACCUCAGCUCCUGUGCCCAGCUGUGCCCCACACCAGCGCCACCCUCAUGCUGCACAGUUAGACCAGUCAGUGAGUCCAGGUGAGCCUGUCCCUGGGGCUCUCUGUCCACGGCCACCAAAGUGAUCCCCACCUCACCUGUCAACGCGCAGAGGAUCUGAAACUCCCUUAAUUCUUAGAAAUUAAAAUUGUCAUAAAAUAAAAGACUGAUUGAUUGGCAGGAGGUCAGUCAGCUGGAAGGUCAGGCUGCAGGCUCUCCCCGAAGCUUCCUUCUGAAGUCGUCUGGGAGGGCACUGCCUGUCCUCUGUGGCCCACAGCCGAGUCCCCCACUAACUAUAGAAUUUAUUUUUUUUAAUGCAAUAACAACAAAAACAAGUAAGUGCCUGGAACCUGCCUGUCAGGUGGCUCAGGGCUUAUUCGAAUAAAAUGACACUUCCAGAAGGAGUGACAGAGCUGGGUAGACACCUCUGGGUUCUAGAUGACAGCUUCUCCCUGGAAUGGCCCCUCAAGUGGCAAGCAAGGUCCCAGCAGGGGUCUCAGGGCACCAGGACACUGGCAAGCUGGGGAGUAAAUGCUCAGGAGUGACCCCAACAAGCAGAGCUGGGGCUGGGCCAGGCCUCGGCACCCCCACUCUCCUGCAGGGUGCUUGACGGACUGGUGGGUUCAGCUCUGCCAUUUGUUGGAAAGGAUGGGUGUGUAGGAGUCCCUCUGGGAGCAGCCAACCCAGACGUAAGGGCGACGCAGCUCUGAAAACAGCUGUAUAGAGUGCUCAGAAAAUACCAAGAAAAGGAAGGUCACCCCUUAAUUCAGAACCACUGUGAUCCCAUGUGUUCUGUUCGAACGUCUGCUCCCACACGCAGGCUUCUUUAUUGUUACCCCAGUCGUUCUUGGAACAAUGGCAGGAGAGAUACCCCUCAA